CUAGUGCAACACACUAUAUACUUUUCCACUUAUUCACCCACUCAGACUGGUGCUUGACACACUGGUUCUCUUUAAGAGAAAUCUUCAGAAGGAAUAUGAACUCAUAAUGAUUAAAUCAUCAUGAAGCGACUGAGUCUAUCAUCAAAGGAUUGGUGUAAGACAACGCUGGAUUUCCGCAGACAGAGUGCUGCUGUUCACUAAGUGAGGGACAACGGUUUGUCUCGUGUUGGUGAAUAAGAUUGAGGGGCAACAAGUUGUGUGAAGGUUUGUCCCUGUUGCAGUGUGAGGACUGGUUUAAAAGAGGAAGACUACAGUCCCCCUUGGUGGAAGGCUGUGAGUGUGAGACACAGCAGGUGACGAUGUCCUUCGCCAUGGUACACCCGUCUCCUGCCCGUUUCCUUUACUCUGAGAUUAGCGCUCUCUCAGAGGAUGAUGAGAACGGCAGCGAAAGCUCAGGAUCCGAUGACAAAUCCUUUCAUCUUUCAACUCCUGGGUACAACGCUAUCAAAGCAGACUCUCGCAAACGGAAGUAUGGCUGCAGGCCAUCAGUUGAAGCCACAGAACUUCACUUGCCAAUUUCUGAGACUCGACAGCGUAAUGUGGCGAAUGCUCGAGAGCGGGACCGGACAAACAGCGUGAACAUGGCUUUUACAGCUCUGAGGACACUCAUACCCACUGAACCGGCUGACAGGAAGCUGUCCAAGAUCGAGACGUUACGGCUGGCUUCCAGCUACAUCUCUCACCUGGAAAAUGUACUAUUGGUGGGAGAAGCAUGUGGAGAUGGGCAGCCCUGCCAUAAAAGCACAGGGGCUCUACACAACCAUCUCCAUAAGACCAUAGAUGCAAGUCCAGACUCAGAGAACUCCCAGCCCCGACAGAUCUGCACUUUCUGCCUCAGUAACCAGAGAAGACUGAACAAAGACAGAGAAAGAAAAACAGCUAUAAGAAGUUAAUGAUGAAGAGGAACAUACUGUGCAUUCACCUGAACUCAAUCUGUAUAUUUUUUCCUAAUGUAUUGUAAGUAUGCUACUGCAGUAUACAUGAACUUUUAUUUAUCCUGUAAUUGUACAUUUAUUAAUGGACUGCAUCACUGUGGAUUAAAAGCGAUCACUUUGCAACAGUUGCUUCAUGCGACAGAGCUUUGAGGACUUUACUUUCCAUCACUAGCACACAAUGUUUGUGCUGAACUGGGCACAUUGAGACUCUUUAUAAAUUUGAGCAUUGAGAAGACAAAGGACUGCAUAUAAUAUUCAUGAUAUCAAAAGAAGAACUCAGCACUGAUUUGCUAAAUGCUAUACUAUAAUGGAGAUGAAUCAGUUCAUCUUUGACCUGCU